CCUCCCUUCCCCCUCCCCGCCCCGCGGCGGCAGCUCGGGCCCGGCUUGCGCUUCGAAGAUGGCGGCGCUGAGCGGCGGCGGCGGUGCCGGCGGCGGCGGCGAGCAGGGCCAGGCUCUGUUCAACGGAGACAUGGAGCCCGAGGCCGGCGCGGGCGCCGCGGCCUCCUCGGCUGCCGACCCGGCCAUUCCUGAGGAGGUGUGGAAUAUCAAACAAAUGAUUAAAUUGACACAGGAACAUAUAGAAGCCCUAUUGGACAAAUUUGGUGGGGAGCAUAAUCCACCAUCAAUAUACUUGGAGGCCUAUGAAGAAUACACCAGCAAGCUAGAUGCCCUCCAACAAAGAGAACAACAGUUAUUGGAAUCCCUGGGGAAUGGAACUGAUUUUUCUGUUUCUAGCUCUGCAUCAAUGGACACCGUUACAUCCUCUUCUUCUUCUAGCCUUUCAGUGCUACCUUCAUCUCUUUCAGUUUUUCAAAAUCCCACAGAUGUAUCACGGAGUAACCCCAAGUCACCACAAAAACCUAUCGUUAGAGUCUUCCUGCCCAACAAACAGAGAACAGUGGUACCUGCAAGAUGUGGAGUGACAGUCCGAGACAGUCUAAAGAAAGCACUAAUGAUGAGAGGCCUCAUCCCAGAGUGCUGUGCCGUUUACAGAAUUCAGGAUGGGUAUGGUUUAGAGAAGAAACCAAUUGGCUGGGACACUGAUAUAUCUUGGCUGACUGGGGAAGAGUUACAUGUGGAAGUAUUGGAGAAUGUGCCACUUACCACACACAACUUUGUACGGAAAACGUUUUUCACCUUAGCAUUUUGUGACUUUUGUCGAAAGCUGCUUUUCCAGGGUUUCCGCUGUCAAACAUGUGGUUAUAAGUUUCACCAACGUUGUAGUACAGAGGUUCCACUGAUGUGUGUUAAUUAUGACCAGCUUGAUUUGCUGUUUGUCUCCAAGUUCUUUGAGCAUCACCCAAUACCACAGGAAGAGGCCUCCUUAGCAGAGACUGCCCUUACAUCUGGAUCAUCCCCUUCUGCACCCCCCUCAGACUCUAUUGGGCCCCAAAUUCUCACCAGUCCAUCUCCUUCAAAAUCCAUUCCAAUUCCACAGCCCUUCCGACCAGCAGAUGAAGAUCAUCGAAAUCAGUUUGGGCAACGAGACCGGUCCUCCUCAGCUCCCAAUGUGCAUAUAAAUACAAUAGAACCUGUCAAUAUUGAUGAAAAAUUCCCAGAAGUGGAAUUACAGGAUCAAAGGGAUUUGAUUAGAGACCAAGGGUUUCGUGGUGAUGGAGGGUCAACCACAGGUUUGUCUGCCACCCCACCUGCCUCAUUACCUGGCUCCCUCACUAAUGUGAAAGCCUUACAGAAAUCUCCAGGACCUCAGCGGGAAAGGAAAUCAUCUUCAUCCUCAGAAGAUAGAAAUCGAAUGAAAACACUUGGUAGACGAGAUUCAAGUGAUGAUUGGGAGAUUCCUGAUGGACAGAUUACAGUGGGACAGAGAAUUGGAUCUGGGUCAUUUGGAACUGUCUACAAAGGAAAGUGGCAUGGUGAUGUGGCAGUGAAAAUGUUGAAUGUGACGGCACCCACACCUCAACAGCUACAAGCCUUCAAAAAUGAAGUAGGAGUACUCAGGAAAACACGACAUGUGAAUAUCCUACUUUUCAUGGGCUAUUCAACAAAGCCACAACUGGCUAUUGUUACGCAGUGGUGUGAAGGCUCCAGCUUGUAUCACCAUCUCCAUAUCAUUGAGACCAAAUUUGAGAUGAUCAAACUUAUAGAUAUUGCACGGCAGACUGCACAGGGCAUGGAUUACUUACACGCCAAGUCAAUCAUCCACAGAGACCUCAAGAGUAAUAAUAUAUUUCUUCAUGAAGACCUCACGGUAAAAAUAGGUGAUUUUGGUCUAGCCACAGUGAAAUCUCGAUGGAGUGGGUCCCAUCAGUUUGAACAGUUGUCUGGAUCCAUCUUGUGGAUGGCACCAGAAGUAAUCAGGAUGCAAGAUAAAAACCCAUAUAGCUUUCAGUCAGAUGUAUAUGCCUUUGGGAUUGUUCUGUACGAACUGAUGACUGGCCAGCUACCUUAUUCAAACAUCAACAACAGGGAUCAGAUAAUUUUUAUGGUGGGACGAGGAUACCUAUCUCCAGAUCUCAGUAAGGUACGGAGUAACUGUCCAAAAGCCAUGAAGAGAUUAAUGGCAGAGUGCCUCAAAAAGAAAAGAGAUGAAAGACCACUCUUUCCCCAAAUUCUCGCCUCUAUUGAGCUGCUGGCCCGCUCAUUGCCAAAAAUUCACCGCAGUGCAUCAGAACCCUCCUUGAAUCGGGCUGGUUUCCAGACAGAAGAUUUUAGUCUGUACGCUUGUGCUUCUCCAAAAACACCCAUCCAAGCAGGGGGAUAUGGAGAGUUUGCAGCCUUCAAGUAGCCACUCCACCAUGGCAGCGUCUGCUCUUAUUUCUUAAGUCUUGUGUUCGUACAGUUUGUUAACAUCAAAACACAGUUCUGUUCCUCAAAUCUUUUUUUAAAGAUACACAAUUUUCAGUGCAUAAGCUCAUGUGGAACAGAAUGGAAUUUCCUAUUCAACAAGAGAGGGAAGAAUGUUUUAGGAACCAGAAUUCUCUGCUGCCAGAUAUCUUCACCACAGAUACCACGUGCAAGCAAGUCUGUCCACUCCCAGGAAGAAAGAGGAGAGACCCUGAAUUCUGACCUUUUGGUGGUCAGGCAUGAUGGAAAGAAACUGCUGCUACAGCUUGGGAAAUUGGCUGUGGAAAGUCUGCCCGUCAACUUGCCCUUCUAACCACCAGAUCAGUUUGUGGCUGGUCAUUUGAUGGUGCGAUUUCAAUCACCAAGCAUCGUUCUCUUUCCUGUUCUGGGAUUUUGUUGUGGAGCACUUUCCCCUGUCCACCACCCAUUAAUGUCUGAGGGAUGGAAUAAAAAUGCAGCCUCCCCUUUCCCUGUCACACAUGUUCAGUCCUCAACAAAUUUUAUCGCAGUGAAGCUCUUUCCAUUUAAAUGGAGUCUGAGAGGUGAGAAGCUGCAUUGGGCAGAGAAAGAGGGAGUGCUGCAUCUUCUUCCUGAGCUCCGGCUCUUGCUUCGGCUUGCCUUGCUCACUGGGCUCUGCCUAAGCACGCGGGCUGGACAGUGCUGGCAUACAUCACCUUCUUUUCUUGUUGGGUCCAGCAAUGGAGGUGAGGAUGGGCUCAUUUCCUCCACAGUGUAGCAAAUUCUCAGGAGCACAGUCCACAUCUUCCUUUAUGCUCUUCCAGUUACCGCGUACUUACGUGGCUGCUUUGUCCAGGGCACAAAAUGCCAUGGACAGUAAUUCAAAGCCUACAAAACUGCUUAUUGACAGUUUUGAAUGUGAGAAAUUUGUGUAAUUUAAAUGUAAGGUACAGGUUUUAAUUUCUGAGUUUUCUAUUUUUAUUAAAAAAAUAAUUUUCAGGUUUAAUUGGAAUAAACUAAUACUUCCCACCAGAAUUAUAUAUCCUGAAAAUUGUAUUUUUGUUAUGGAAACAACUUUUAAAGAAUGAUUAUCCUUUUCUCUUCCUAAAAUUAUGGGGAGUCUUGGCAUAAUGAUAGUUAUUUAUAAUUUUUAAGUUAAUGGUACUUGCUGGAUCCACACUAAUAUCUUUGCUAACAACCCCAUUGUUUCUUCAAUCUAACUCCUACACUCUAUCCCCAUCCUCUUUCUAGUCCUUUAUCUAGAGUAUGCAACCUAAAAUAAAAAUGGUGGUGUCUCCAUUCAUUCUCCUUCUUCCUUUUUUCCCCAAGCCUGGUCUUCAAAAGGUUGGUAAUUUGGUAGCUGAGUUCCUCAAGUAGAAAUAGAGAAAUAUUAGGGACAUUGGGGUAGCAGUAGGGUGUAUGAGGCCUGCCAUCAGUUGUUUUUAUAGAACGAGCUUCUGUGGUAUCAAGACCCUACAUCUUAUUUUUGCAAAAAUGAAAAAUAUAAGCCAGGCAUAGUGGCACACGCCUUUAAUCCCAGCACUUGGGAGGUAGAGGCAGGAGGAUAUCUAUGAGUUCUCCAGACCACUGUACAUUUAUCUACAUAGUGAGUCCAGGCCAGCUGGGGCUAUUGGGAGACCCUGUCUCAGAAAACAAAAACAAACAAAAAUGAAAAAGAUAGCCUAGUCACAGGUUCCCUUGACCUUUAUUAAAGGAUAAAUUAAAUCUCCACAGUAGCAAAGAAAGUAACUGGAUGUUUUAAUGGCAAGUACUUUUCUUGCCCAGGAGUCUAGACUCUCAAGGAUUUAGAAAUUCAAAUAAGAUGUGCUUAGCAACUGUGCUAUAGCCAAGAACCUGAAAAGAAUGCUAUGGAGCCUAAAAUAAAAUGAAUGAAUUUCAGGUUGUAACUGGCCCCACUAUGUAUUUAAGUUCAAACCUACUCACUAUGAUUAGAUGAUUUUUUUUUUGCUAAAAUACCUAUUAUCAAAGGAAGACCUACUGAAAAUUAUAUGAACUUAUGAUUGCUCCAGUACGUUGGAAAAUACUGUAAAGUUACUUGUUUGAGCAACAGUGUGUUUUUAAGUCUUACCUGAUAAGAGAAAUGUCUUUAAGAUGUUAGAAAUUGAAAAGAUGGAAAUAAUUCUUGGUGAUAUGAAAAGUCGCCUCUAGGCAUGAUGCAUCUCUUUGAAAAGCACUGUUUUCCUUUUAGAUACCUUUUAACCUGGCUGUGUUCCCUUUAUCAAGAUUGGCUACAAAGAGCUAAGCGUGCCCCUGCUGAGGUAGAGCCUGCUAGGCAUGUACUUAGCAACUGUACAAGGCCACUUUGUGCUGUGCUGCGGGGUGGAGCCUGCAUACCUAGGGAGGAAGCUUAGUGCCUCUGGUCAUCUAAACAGAAUGCAGAGUGACAGAGAAUCAAAUAGUUUGUCCUCUAGUUUGCAAAUGACAGGAAAGGGGGGUUCCUUUGUGUUUUAUUUGCUUUUUUUUUUUAUGCUUCGACUGCAGAUAAUCUUGUUGAGCUCCUAGGAAAAUAUAAGGAAGUCCUUGUUUGUGCUGAGCACUAUAGACAGAAUGUGGCUGUUUCAACCUACCUUGUAAGGUUGUAACUGUCAGUCAGUCCAUAAAGUAGUUGCAGUGUCUCCUAAGAUGUGUUUCGUUUUGAUUAGGAGUGAAGUCUUUGGAAGGUUUGAGGGCAACUAUACAGAAUUGUUUUUAAGUAUGUAGUAUUCCUGGCAGGUUUUUUUUCACCAUUACACUAUAGGACCCAUAUUUUUGUCACUGAGAUAAUAUUGACCCCAAAAACUGUAGUUUAUAGAAGGAACUUAUGAAUAGAAUAUCCACUGAUCAUUUGCACUUCUGUUCAUGUUAAAAGAUUCUGUGUAACUGUCAAAUUCUGGUUCCUGAACAGCUCACCUCUGAUGUAUUUGAGGUCUGGUCAGACAUAACAAGGCAUGCUGGAAGGUAAAGUUCCAUGUACAUUAUAUGGUUUGUGUUUGCUGGUGUUGGAAAAGGCACUGUGUAAAGACUUCGGACUGUCAGCAGAAACCUUGUAAAUACUUCCUCAUUCUUGGUGCAUUUCCACUUGUUGUAACUCCAGGCACUGUCAGAGCUGCUGCGGACCCCUCUUCAGAUCUCACCUGUCCCCAUCACAUACCCACCUCUUAGCCUCUUGCAAACUCAGCAUCUAGCGUUAGUUUGAAACACAGUGCAGGGUUCAGGUGACCUCUUCAAAAUAACUACCUCCUCAGAAUGAGGUAAUGAAUAGUUAUUUAUUUUAAAAUAUGAAGUAGGAGCUCUAGAACAUGAAGAUGAUUUAAGAUUUAACUUUUAUGUGUACUUGUUAUUUGAGCACUCAUUUUGUCCUAAAGGGCAUUAUACAUUUAAACAGUGAUAACUGUUUAAAGGGGGAAGGGGCGCUCAGAGUAUAUGAAUGUUGUUGAAGGUGGUGCCAGAAUUUGUGUAGGGAUACAUUCAGAAUCUGAACCUUAAGUCAGUCACAUGAAGUUAAAUAAAUAGCUAAUCCUUCGCUAACAUUAUAUAAUUCUACUUUUCAGUAGGUUUGGCACAGCAGUACACCUUCAUAAAUUGGCCACAGCUUUGUCACAUGCACAGAUCCUCCUCCAAAGAGACUGCUGAGCUAAGAGGGCAGAAGGAGUGCCCUUUCUAAGAGUCUCUUCUUUGUCCAGGUUGGCAUUGUGAGUGCUAGGGUAGCAGCACCCAAGACCAGCAGAUGUCAGCCAGGAAGCUAUCAGAGCCCAUAGCCAGAAACAGAAAGUUCAGAGUCUAUACUGCAAGUAGCCUACAGGUUAGACAAUGAAGUGGUAUAGAU